AUGGCAACCCCCUCGAAUGAACUGUUCAUCCUGCACUUCACGAUACACGAUGUGUACGAUCGAAAGGGCAAUGGAAUAUCACUUCAUGAAGAACCUUACAUAAAAUUUUACUGGAAGAGUGAAAAAUAUAAAAAUUACUUAAAAUUAUUCUCGGACGAAAUAAAUUGGUUUUGUGAAUUUUUUUUACCCUACAAAAGUGGGGAUUAUGUAGAAAAGUUGGUUAUGCAAAUAUGGGUAAAUGGUUGUUUAAAACGAAAAAGAAAAGUAUCCUAUAAUUACAUCAAUAUAAAUGAUGUUGAAAAGAAAAAAAAAAUAAAUGGAAAAACAGAACUCAUUGGAAAAAGAAAAGGAUUAAAAGUUAUUUACAGUCUUCAAAUAAUAUACUACUCUUUAUAUAUGAUUAUGAAAAAUGCACAAACCUACAUUCUGAACAAAAUAUCUAUUUAUAAAAUGAUGCAGAUUUAUAGAAGCAAUCAAAGAGACACUUCUACCAAUGAUGAAAACAUUCUCGACAAAUAUAUUAUAUCCUUAUUUCAAAAAGAAAGUUACAUGAAAAAAAAUACACCUUUGCAAUUAAAAAAUACAUUUCGUGUAAAUAAUACUAGGAAUAACAUCAAGAACGAUUUCCAAAGUCCACAUAACUUAAAAUUGAAAAAAAAAAAGCAUGAGCAAAAAACCUCAAAAGAUUCACUUUUAUCUUUGUCACAAAAGAAUCUCAACGAAAAAACCAUCCACAUCAGGAAUAAACCAAAGUCUCAAAAAAAAUCUGCAAUGGUGCAAGAAACAGUAAAGGGAGAAAAGAUUGAACAACAGGUCGAUACAAAAAAAAAAAAAAAAAAAAGAAAAAAAGCUCAAACAACUGAAGUGGGGAGGGGGUUUUCAUGA